AUGUGUUGCCAGACAGCAAAAUGGAAACUAGAGAGAGACCGAGAACAAGUUCAAGAUCACAAAUUUGACUUUGUCGACGUAAACGAUUUUUAUCAAAGGAAUUGUAUACGGAAGAUAAAGUAUAUGUUUGUUUUCGGGGUGGUGUUGAAGUCGGUACUGGUGUAUAUUGCCGACCUGUGGACAGCCGGCAUCUUGCUUAUUUUCAACGAGUGGAACUCGGCAGUGAAACCGAAAAUUCCGUUCGAUGUCUCGAAAUGGAUUUUCUUGGGGUGUAUUUUUAUGUCGUUUAUCCUGUUGGCAUGGGAUAUGAAGAAGGCCAAGGCAAUUAUCGCCUCGGGUGAUAUUUCCUACGCGUUCACGAGUCUUAUUGCGUACCGUUAUUAUACGCUACGGAGCUAUGCGCAUUUCUGUUUCUUCUCGCAGAUUAAUAAUUCAAGGAAACGUUGGGAUCGUAUUGCGUUUUUCGUGUUUUUCACCUUCAAAGGUUGGAAACGUUUGAUGUUUGCUGAAGCGCCACGUCAAGCAAUUAACGCGAUUACGCUUUUUUCUAUUCUGCAAACACAACAUUUCUCCCUAAAUUAUAAAAAGUAUGGUGACAAUAUGGUACAACGUCUUGCUAUGUUCUUGAUGGCGUUCACUUUGAUUGUUUUUGUUAUUUCUGCGUCGUUACUGCUCAUCGCCUUCAUCCUAUACCUUCCCUUGCUGUGUCAUAUUCGAGGGAAUUUGAAGGAAUAUUGUUGUCACAAGAUCGACAAGAGAAUUGGUGAGCUAUUAGCAAAGAAAUCAAAGAAACGUAUCCUAAAACAAAUAGCCGCAAAGGGUGAUCCAAAUUAUCUAAAAAAUAAAAAAGGGGUGGCAACACCUCAGCUUCGUGAGCCCACUCUUCCAACGUUUGCAUACUUUGAAGAUACUAAAACAACACCUGCAGUGACCCCUACACUCCCGACACUUCCAACGCUUCCGCCUUAUCAACAGCAACAGCAACAGCAUAUGCCACCCCCGAUGAUGUUCGAGGAUCGACUCGUGACAAAUUCACCUGAUCCCAUGUAUGGUGGAGGUGGUGGCCCACCUGGACAUAUACCACAAAAUGGAGUAGGAUAUGAUAAUGUUGCUGGUCAACGUAAUCAAUAUCCACAGCCACCAACGGCACCAUUUAUGAUGCGUCCAAAACGUAGUUACAACAAUUUAGCCGCAGCACAAACGGCUGCAAUGAACAAUUCACAAAAUAACUUUAAUAACAAUAAUUAUGAUGACGGGGAAGAUCCAUAUGGUGUAGUGGCAGAUUAUACUACUGAAUAUUCAGAGUAUAGAUCUGAUACAACAGUAAUAAGUUCCUCAACGGCAGUAGCUUCCUCGACAGUAGCAGCCUCCUCAACAGCAGCUCCCUCAAGAUAUCCCCAACAAGAACAAUCACAAAUCCCGUCAAGAUAUCAACAAGAACUUUGA